CUGGGUUCGGCCCGAGCGGUUGCGUCCGGCCGGCCGCCGCUAUGUCGCGACAGAGCACGCUCUACAGCUUCUUCCCCAAGUCUCCGGCGCUGAAUAACGCCAGCAGGGCCCGAGUCCGGGCUUCGAGUGACGGCGGCGCCGCCGCCGCGGGGGCCUCCCCAUCCCCCGGCGGGGAUGCGGCCUGGAGCGAGGCCGGGCCUGGGCCGGGGCCCGUGGGCUCCGCGUCGCCGCCCGAGGCGAGGAGCCUGAACGGAGGGCUGCGCAAGCCCGCGGCGCCGGCGGUCCCCGCCAGCAGCUCCUCUGACUUCUCACCAGGUGACUUGGUGUGGGCCAAGAUGGAGGGCUACCCCUGGUGGCCUUGCCUGGUCUACAGCCACCCCUUUGACGGCACAUUCAUCCGAGAGAAGGGGAAGUCCGUCCGAGUUCAUGUCCAGUUUUUUGAUGACAGCCCAACAAGAGGCUGGGUUAGCAAAAGGCUGUUAAAGCCCUAUACAGGUUCAAAAUCGAAGGACGCUCAAAAAGGUGGUCAUUUUUACAGUGCAAAGCCUGAAAUACUCAGAGCAAUGCAACGUGCAGAUGAAGCCUUGAAUACAGACAAGAUUAAGAGACUUGAAUUGGCAGUGUGUGACGAGCCCUCAGAACCAGAGGAGGAAGAAGAGAUGGAGGUAGGUGCAACCUAUGCCUCAGAUAAAAGUGAAGAGGAUAAUGAAAUUGAGAGUGAAGAGGAAGUGACACCUAAGGUGCAAGGGUCUAGGCGAAGUAGCCGUCAAAUAAAAAAACGAAGGGUCAUAUCAGACUCUGAGAGUGACGUUGGCGGCUCUGAUGUGGAAUUCAAGCCAGAUGCUAAGGAGGAAGGAAGCAGUGAUGAAGUCAGCAGUGGAGUGGGGGAUAGUGACAGUGAAGGCCUGGACGGCCCUGCCAAAGUAGCUCCAAAACGGAAGAGAAUGGUGACUGGCAAUGGCUCUCUCAAAAGGAAAAAUUCAAGGAAAGAAAUGGCCUCAGCCAGCAGACGAACAACUGGCGUUUCAUCAGAAACCAAGAGUGCUUUGAGUGCUUUCUCUGCCCCUCAAAAUUCUGACGCCCAAGCCCACAUUAGCAGCGGCUGUGAUGAUGGUCGCCCCACUGUCUGGUAUCAUGAGACUUUAGAAUGGCUUAAGGAGGAGAAGAGAAGAGACUGGCACAGACGGCGACCCGAUCACCCGGAUUUUGAUGCAUCCACAGUCUACGUGCCUGAGGAUUUCCUUAAUUCCUGUACUCCUGGCAUGAGGAAGUGGUGGCAGAUUAAGUCUCAGAAUUUUGAUCUUGUCAUAUUUUAUAAGGUGGGCAAGUUUUAUGAACUGUACCACAUGGAUGCCCUUACCGGAGUCAGUGAACUAGGACUGGUAUUCAUGAAAGGCAACUGGGCCCAUUCUGGUUUCCCUGAAAUUGCAUUUGGCCGGUACUCAGAUUCCCUGGUGCAGAAGGGCUAUAAAGUAGCGCGAGUGGAACAGACUGAGACGCCGGAGAUGAUGGAGGCACGAUGCCGAAAGAUGGCGCAUAUAUCGAAGCACGAUAGAGUGGUGAGGAGGGAGAUCUGUAGGGUCAUUACCAAAGGUACGCAGACCUACAGUGUGCUGGAGGGGGAACCCUCUGAGAACCACAGUAAGUAUCUUCUCAGCCUCAAAGAAAAAGAUGAUGAUUCUUCUGGUCACACUCGAGUGUACGGUGUAUGCUUUGUUGACACCUCAUUGGGAAAGUUUUUCAUAGGACAGUUUUCAGAUGAUCGCCACUGUUCCAGGUUUAGGACUCUGGUUGCACACUAUCCUCCAGUACAAGUCUUGUUUGAGAAAGGAAAUCUCUCAGUGGAAACGAGGAUGAUUCUCAAGGGUUCAUUAUCCUCCUCUCUUCAGGAAGGUCUGAUACCAGGCUCCCAAUUUUGGGACGCAGCCAAAACUCUGAAAACUCUCCUUGAAGAAGGAUAUUUUACAGAGAAAUUAAAUGAGGACAACAGGGUAAUGUUACCCGAGGUACUUAAAGGUAUGACUUCAGAGGCUGAUUCCAUUGGAUUGACUCCAGGAGAGAAAAGUGAAUUGGCCCUCUCUGCUCUAGGCGGCUGUGUCUUCUACCUCAAAAAAUGCCUUAUUGAUCAGGAGCUUUUAUCAAUGGCUAAUUUUGAAGAGUAUGUUCCCUUGGAUUCUGACAUGGGCAGUGGAACAAGACCCGGUGCUGUCUUUGCUAAAACCAAUCAACGAAUGGUGCUAGAUGCUGUGACAUUAAACAACCUGGAGAUUUUUCUGAAUGGGACAAAUGGUUCUACCGAAGGGACGCUGCUAGAGAAGAUUGAUACCUGCAGUACCCCCUUUGGUAAGCGGCUGCUAAAGCAGUGGCUUUGUGCUCCACUUUGUAGCCCCUACGCUAUCAAUGAUCGUCUAGAUGCCAUAGAAGACCUCAUGGCUGUGCCUGACAAGAUCUCUGAGGUUGUAGACCUUCUAAAGAAGCUUCCAGACCUUGAGAGGCUACUUAGUAAAAUUCAUAAUGUUGGCUCUCCCCUGAAGAGCCAGAACCACCCCGAUAGCAGGGCUAUAAUGUAUGAAGAAACUACAUAUAGCAAAAAAAAGAUUAUUGAUUUUCUCUCUGCUCUGGAAGGAUUCAAAGUAUUAUGUAAAAUUGUAGAGCUUAUGGAAGAAGUUGUUGAUGAGUUUAAAUCCAAAAUCCUUAAACAGGUCAUUACUUUGCAUACAAAAAAUCCUGAAGGCCGUUUUCCUGACUUAACCGCAGAACUGAACCGAUGGGAUACAGCCUUUGACCAUGAAAAGGCUCGAAAGACUGGACUGAUAACUCCCAAAGCAGGGUUUGACUCUGAUUAUGACCAAGCUCUUGCUGACAUAAGAGAAAAUGAACAGAGUCUUCUGGACUAUUUGGACAAACAGCGCAGUCGAAUCGGCUGUAGGGCCAUAGUCUACUGGGGGAUUGGUAGAAACCGUUACCAGUUGGAAAUUCCAGAGAAUUUCACCACUCGUAAUUUGCCAGAAGAAUAUGAGUUGAAAUCCACUAAGAAGGGCUGUAAGCGGUACUGGACCAAAACCAUUGAGAAGAAGUUGGCUAAUCUGAUAAAUGCCGAGGAACGCAGAGACACCUCUCUGAAGGACUGCAUGCGGCGACUGUUCUAUAACUUUGAUAAGAAUUACAAGGACUGGCAAUCUGCCGUAGAGUGCAUCGCAGUGUUGGAUGUCUUACUGUGCCUGGCUAACUACAGUCGAGGGGGUGAUGGUCCCAUGUGUCGUCCGAUAAUUUUGUUGCCAGAAGAACACACCCCCCCCUUCUUAGACCUUAAAGGAUCACGCCAUCCAUGCAUUACAAAGACUUUUUUUGGAGAUGACUUUAUUCCUAAUGACAUUCUAAUAGGCUGUGAGGAAGAAGAGGAGGAAAAUGGCAAAGCUUAUUGUGUACUUGUUACUGGACCGAAUAUGGGGGGCAAGUCUACACUCAUGAGACAGGUUGGUCUUCUAGCUGUAAUGGCCCAGAUGGGUUGUUAUGUGCCCGCUGAAGUGUGUAGGCUCACACCAAUUGAUAGGGUGUUUACUAGACUUGGUGCCUCAGACAGAAUAAUGUCAGGUGAAAGUACAUUUUUUGUUGAGUUGAGUGAAACUGCGAGUAUACUUACACAUGCGACAGCACAUUCUCUAGUGCUUGUGGAUGAAUUAGGAAGAGGUACGGCAACAUUCGAUGGAACAGCAAUAGCAAAUGCAGUUGUUAAAGAACUUGCUGAGAAUAUAAAGUGUCGUACUUUGUUUUCUACUCACUACCAUUCAUUAGUUGAAGAUUAUUCUCAAAAUGUUGCAGUACGCCUAGGACACAUGGCAUGCAUGGUAGAAAAUGAAUGUGAAGAUCCCAGUCAGGAGACUAUUACCUUCCUCUAUAAAUUCAUUAAGGGAGCUUGUCCUAAAAGCUAUGGCUUUAAUGCAGCGAGGCUGGCUAAUCUCCCAGAAGAGGUUAUUCAAAAGGGACAUAGAAAAGCAAGAGAAUUUGAGAAGAUGACUCAGUCACUGCGAUUAUUUCGGGAAGUCUGCCUGGCUAGUGAAAGGUUGACUGUAGAUGCUGAAGCUGUCCAUAAGUUGCUGACAUUGGUUGAGGAAUUGUAGACUACAUUGGAAGUUAACUUUUGACAAAGGUGGUAAAUUCAGACAACAUUAUGAUCUAAUAAACUUUAUUUUUUAAAAAGUCAGUUUUUCCACUUUUCUUU